AGUUUUUGUUUAAAAAAUAUAUUUCAAAAACAAGGUAUGUUGAUAUCAAUGUUGAUUUCUCUAAUCUAAAAGUUUUACAAUAACAAGUUGCGGUACGUAACACAACCACACUACAUGCAACAAUGCGUUACAGUAAUACACAUGCGUCAUUUCCAUGGUAACAGCUUGUGUUUCGACGCCGUAAACAGAGGGUUCAGUGUCUCAAUUGUUUCGCAAUUCAUUUGGAUGUCACUGGUCAAAGCCUCACAAACAGUGAGUGAAACUUACAUUUUUCGAUUAGAAUGUCAGUAGAAGGACAAUUUUUUCUCUCCGUUACCGGCUCCAUCGAACAUGCAGAGUUUUACGAUGUCAAUAACGCUUAUUGCAAGUACAGCUUUUAUUUCGGACCUGACUGGAGUGUCGUUGCGGGAAUCGAAGAGGGGCUGACGCAAAUGUGCAAAUGUAGCAACGAUCCAAGAAAUCUUGCCGUUUGGAAUUUUCCAUUAGACAUUACGUUCAAGAGUACAAAUCCACACGGAUGGCCGCAGCUUAUCAUGUCGAUUUACGGCUUGGAUUUCUUCGGUCACGACGUCAUCAGAGGAUACGGAGUCUGUCAUUUGCCUUUGAAAACUGGACGUCAUGAGAAAAGGGUGUCGAUCUACGUGCCGGAGUCGUCAUCCACGCUGCAGAAUUUCGUGCAAUGGUUAACCGGCAGAAGACCAGAAUUAAUUGAUCCCACCAUACUGGCAUCUGGCGGCGGCAGAGAACUCACACGCAUGAGGGUCGAGGGAGCUGUUACCGUAACGUUCAACGUCGUUUUGAAGGAUUUGUUCAAGCUGGGUUACGACAACGGCGAGAAAUGGAAGAAAUGAUAACGCGUCCGUAAAGUCUUUCAGCCUGAAGUGGAUUACCUCCGCUAAGAGGGAUUAUCUUAUCAAAGAGCUACAAUGUAUAAUCCCGUUUUAUAAAUAUUUUGAUGAAUUAA